AUGUCAAAGCCUCUAUAUGAGUUUGGUCCCAACACUAACAUCAUCACAGGUCCUCAUACCCCUAACUCUAUCAUCAUCAUUCAAUGGAACAAUGUGGAAUUCUCGGAUGAAAUCCUAAAGCAGUUUGCGAACUCAGGAAUCGAAGAUUUUGUCAACUAUGUCAAGAGCGGUCCUCUUCAAUAUGCAUUUUGUGACUUCCCUGAUCCAUUCUGCCAUAAACAACUAAUGAAUGUUCCUUAUCCUUGUUGGCUUCGUUUGAUCUUGUCUAGAGAAGUAGGCUCUGUUGAAAGUCAUGGAAUUAUCAUUCAAAUACCUGCACUUUCCUCAAAGAUCAUCAAUGUUGCUCCAUCUGAAAGGGACAUGCCUAUUACUACAAGGAUGUAA